GAUGGGUUGCCUGGAGACGUCGGAAACGUUUGUCCGUAGCAGCGAUGGAAAAGUAUGAGAAAAUCAAAGUUGUUGGGAGAGGAGCUUUCGGGAUUGUUCACCUGUGCCGGAGGCGUAGUGACGGGGCUUUUGUCAUCCUGAAGGAGAUCCCGGUGGAGCAGAUGUCACGAGAUGAACGCCUGGCAGCUCAGAAUGAGUGUCAAGUGCUUAAACUGCUCAACCAUCCAAACAUAAUUGAGUACUAUGAAAACUUCCUGGAAGACAAGGCACUCAUGAUAGCAAUGGAGUAUGCACCAGGUGGAACCCUGGCUGACUACAUACAGAAGCGCUGUAACUCCCUCCUGGAUGAGGAUACCAUUCUUCACUUCUUUGUGCAGAUCUUGCUUGCUCUGUACCACGUGCACAACAAACUCAUCCUGCACCGCGACCUCAAGACUCAGAAUAUUCUUCUCGACAAGCACCAGAUGAUCGUCAAAAUUGGCGACUUUGGAAUCUCUAAAAUCCUUGUCAGCAAGAGCAAAGCUUACACAGUGGUUGGGACUCCUUGCUAUAUCUCACCGGAGCUGUGUGAGGGAAAACCAUAUAAUCAAAAGAGUGACAUCUGGGCUUUGGGCUGUGUGCUGUACGAGUUAGCGAGCCUCAAAAGAGCCUUUGAAGCUGCUAAUCUACCUGCCCUCGUUUUGAAAAUCAUGAGCGGCACCUUUGCUCCAAUCUCAGACCGAUACAGUCCAGAACUCAGACAGCUUAUACUCAACAUGCUCAACCUGGAUCCAUCCAAACGACCUCAACUCAAUGAAAUUAUGGCUUUGCCCAUAUGCAUCAGGCCUCUUCUUAAUCUCUAUACAGAUAUAGGCAAUGUAAAAAUGCGCAGGAUUGAAAAACCACUCUCUACUUUGCAAUCCGGUCCUCAAGGCAGACCAGGAGGGAGAGUUCCUACCAACAGGUCCAGAGCAGAUGGAUUGGUUGGUUUAGGAUCUGGAAUGUUACAUUCCCUCCCGCUGUCCUCGGUGUAUACGUGGGGAAGUGGCAUCACCACGCCGCUCCGUCUGCCAAUGCUUAACACUGAAGUGCUUCAGGUUUCUCUUGGUCGCACUCAAAAAAUGGGAGUCACAAAGUCCGGCCGUCUGAUUACAUGGGAGGCUCCUUCUGUAGUGUCAGGUGAAACCAGUCUUCCUGGUGUGGUGGAGCAAAUGCAACCACCCUUCAUUUCUCGCUUCCUUGAGGGUCAGUCCGGUGUCACCAUCAAGUCUGUGGCCUGUGGCGAUCUCUUUACCACCUGCAUGACAGAUAGAGGCAUUAUCAUGACAUUUGGAAGUGGGAGCAAUGGCUGUCUAGGACAUGGUAAUUUCAAUGAUGUAACACAGCCUAAAAUCGUGGAGGCUCUCCUUGGUUAUGAGCUGGUUCAGGUGUCUUGUGGAGCUUCCCAUGUUCUUGCUGUGACUAAUGAAAGAGAAGUGUUUGCCUGGGGAAGAGGUGACAAUGGCCGCCUCGGGCUCGGCACCCAAGACACCCACAACUGUCCACAGCAGGUGUGUUUACCUGUGGAAUUUGAGGCCCAGAGAGUGGUGUGUGGGGUUGACUGCUCCAUGAUUAUCAGCACCCAGUGCAGCAUUAUGGCAUGUGGAAGCAACAGGUUCAAUAAGCUUGGCCUGGAUAAAAUUACUGCCAGAGAGGAACCAAAUCCUGCAAAUCAAGUAGAAGAAGUUCAUUCUUACACUCCUGUUCAAUCAGCGCCACUCAGCACUGAAAAGAUUGUUUACAUUGACAUUGGAACAGCCCAUUCUGUUGCUGUCACAGAAGGCGGUCAGUGUUUUACUUUUGGUAGCAACCAGCAUGGCCAGAUGGGCUGCAGUUCCCGGCGGGGCAGUCGUGUGCCAUACCUGGUGCCCAUCUUGCAGGGUAUCACUAUGGCUGCUUGCGGUGACGCCUUCACCCUGGCUAUUGGAUCUGAAGGGGAGGUGUACACAUGGGGAAAGGGGGCCCGUGGCCGACUUGGAAGAAAAGAGGAGGAUUGUGGGAUACCGAAGCUCUGUUUGAGGAGCCUGUUCCGAGAUGAUUUUUAUGCUGAAAGCUUAUCCCCUGGAUGCCUGAUGAGCAGAACAUCAUCCUCUAAGAGACGAAUCUCCACUGCAGCUGACCACUUUCCCAGCCUCACAGUUUCUCUUGCUCAUCCUCUCUUAUCUACUCCUAUAAAAUCUAUUUUUCUUUAAUGGACGAAUGUUAGUUUCAGUAGGUGGCCUGUUAACAUACAAGGUCACAACUUAUCUGAGGCAGCAAGUGUGUUUUACAACAGGCCUGCAAAAGGAAUGUUACAGCACUGAUACUAAAGCUGGAUUACAGUGGAUCAUUAGGCAGCUCUCAUGGUGAGCCAUUGUCCUCCCUCAUGUGCAACAUUCGCUCUGUAAACCAUGAAAAGCCUGAGAAAGUCAAACUGGUUUGAGCUUUCUUAAGACUGUGGUGAAUGAGACGAAAAGAAUGAAGCCACUCGAGCGUUCAUCAGUCAAAUGAUGCAAACACAUUCAUCUUGAUCACACCAUCAGUGGUCACUUUGUGCUUCAUUAGAUUAGUUCUGCAACACAGCAGCAUUCAGGCCAGAUAACGAGAAGCUGUACAGGGUUAAAAAUCACCCCCUUGUUCACUCAUUCACUGUUCUCCUUAGUGAGCAGUGUGAAACCUGCUCUUCGCUCUUUAGCAAGCAGUCAGUGACAUACUAUCAACUGCACUGCUUCUGUUGUUUCCUUUUGUAAAAACAUUUGAGGAACUGUACAGAUAAUUUUCACACUUUGAACUCAGAAUAUGGUGAACAGUAGAUAAAGUGCAUCUACAGAAAAACAGUACAAAAUUUCAGAUACAGGCUUGAAUUUUGUGAAGAUUCUUGACAUAACUGUCACAUUUUUAUUAUACUGUAAAUGAAAUCUUUGUAUAUGUCA